AUCAGUGAGUUAUAGAGCUCUCUGGAAAGCUGUAGCUUUAUAUGCUAUAAUAACAUGUAACUCUAUAAUUUAUGAAAAUAUAUAGCUCCAGGAGUUGUAAAAUUCUCUGGAAAGUGUUCUUCAUAAAUUACGAUAAUCGUUGGAAAAAUGUUUGUAUUACCUCAAUGUUUUAAACUCUCUUAAAAGAUAGUUAGCUGGAUGACUUUCUAUUUAGAUGAGUAUGUCACAAGAAAAAUGUCUUCUUAAAAAACUUUUGUACGCAUUUAAUCUUUAACGUAAAAAAUAAACCAUAUUUUCUUUAAUUUCAGAUUUGUUAUGUAGAUAAUACUUUGUAAUUUUCUAAAAUGUUGAAACCCGAAGCAUGCCAUACUUCACUAGAUUAAAGAUCUUAAAGAAUGGUGUUUCCAUGGGUUGUGAGUGAUUCAGAACUAGGAGAUCUUCACAAACAUUGCUACAGAUGCUUUAACACCAACAAGUGUAAAGGAGAUCUAGACGCCUGUAAAAUUAUCUCCUGCAGGAACAAUUGCCCAGCUCGCUUCCAUCUUUGCAAGGAAACUGAACAUUUACUGCUCUGUUAUAAGGAGUAUAUUCCCUGUCCUAACACUCAAUAUGGUUGCUCAGCAUCUUUACAACGUCAGAAGGUUCCCUCCCACCUGCCUACCUGCCCGGCAAAUAUUAUUGCUUGCACUCAAGAAUGGAACAGGUGGCCAUUAUUCUGUAAAGAGAGAUUUAAGACUAUUCCUUUCCGGUUAAAGAACCCUCAAGCUGCCAGAGGAGAUCUUGACCUUGAACUAGCUUUAAGAGAUCAAAGACUAGCUGGAGAGUUGUUUAAAGUUCCCAGGAAAACUAAACUAGCUUUGAGGAAUAAUUUAACAAGACGCCAUCCUGCACUUCCUCUUCCUCAACAUUCAACCAGGAAAUCCACUCGUCAGGAUAGAACUGCAACAACUUUAAAGGAUAUUGUUAAACUUGAAGUCUCUGAUGAUACCGCUGUUGGCCCCCAGUAUGGUAUUGCCAAACUUUUCCUUAAACAACAGGAAACCCAACAACGACGAUGGCAAGAAGAUGUAGAGAAGGCUAUACUAAGAACGGGUCAACCUGUUCCUAAGAAGUAUUGGGAGUACGAUGAGAUGAUGAAAGGAAACAUACAUAAUCACUGCGCAUACUGUGUUGAUAGAAACUGUGUUAGGAAGCCUGAUUUCCAGGGAGAUACUUCCGAUACAUAUUCCUGCUCCGUAGUGGACUGCCCUUUUGAGUGCGGCGCUAGACUUCAUCACUGUAAGGCGUUUGAGCACAGAAUGAUUUGCGCCAAUUUUGAAGAAGAAGGAGAGUUUGAUUGGAUUCUAAAAGACAGAAUAAUGAAGAAAAGAAAAGCAGUGAAACAAAAACCUGAAAAACCCUUUCCUGCCUUACUUGUUGGUGCCAGUGUUGAACCGAGGAUUCCAUUGAAAACUAGAAAAUCUACAAAACCUCCUCCUCCCCCUCCACCCCCGACAGAUUUACACAGGACUGUACGAUUUGAUAUUCGUGUGGAGACUGUGACCCGUCUUCAGCAGAAGCCAAGAGCUAUGUACACUUUCAUCUGCGGACAGGAUCUAAGAAGAGAUCAAUGGGAACAUCAUUGUAAGAAUGUGCAUAAUGAUAUUCACGGUGGACUGAACAACUGGUUGGUUGCUAGAUGUCCUCUUUCUAUAUAUGGCUGUGGGUUUUCAUACUCUAGACUGUAUCCAGGUCUGAAUCCAGAGAACAAGGUUGUGUUUAGUGAGUUUAGUGAAAGUUUUGGAAUCCAACCUGCUCCGGAGCAAAUCCGUCCUAGUCAGGAUACAGAUCAGACAUUGGACCAACUCCCUGUAGAAAUAUUACAGAUAAUAUUUUUUAAAUUGGAUUCCUGGACUCUUUGUCAAGUCUCCUUGACUUCCAGAUAUCUACGUGAGGUGUGUGCUUCUCUGCUGGAUAGAAAAGGCUGUGUAUCCCUCCAGUGGGAAAGGACAAGAGAGGAGGGACAGGAGAGAAGGGGCUGGGAGGUUGCAUACAAGAGAUGGUUUUUCAGCGGUCAUUUUGAUCCAGUGCUUACCUGGGGAUUUAAUCCUGGUGGGAAAGUUUCGGAGCAUUUAAAGGUUUGUCCUUACAAUGAUCGUGUUGAGCAUAGGAGUGUGGAUAAGACGACCCCAGAGAGUCGGAAUUUUAUGGCAGCACUUGAAGCCAAGAUCAAACUGAAACGGGACUCUGAGUGGUUUAUCCAGUAAAUAUCCAGAUUGCAGCGCCUAAAGUCAAUUUUUUAUUUUCUUUUAGAAACUAUUACAAGAAUAAAAUUUCCUUUUUUUUUCUUUUUUAUCGGGACACAUAAAAAGCAGAUUUUAAGAAGCUGUAAGUUAAAGGGACUGUAAGCGUAAUUUCAAGUGACCCUUAAUAAAACUAUGUCAGUGCACAAUUCACAGCGGUACCCUUGAAACCUUCAUAUGAUCCUUAAUGGGGAUCAUAUUGCCGUUUUUUUAAAAGGAUUGACCGGCAAUGUAUUGUGGUAGAACUGAAUAUGUAGUAUUGUGGACAAAUUUUUUAG